ACGUACGUGGAUGUUGCAGGAAGAGGAAUCCUAUGAGGGGAAAGUGUAGUCUAACUCAGGGAAUAUCGGAGCUGUUGCCAAUAAUACGCUUGGAGUAACGGUACACCUGUAGCUCUUUUAGAAAAAAUGCGUAGCUGUGUCUUUCCGAAUUGUGGCAACCAAAUGAAGAAAUAUUUGUGCCUAAGCUUUCACCGUCUUCCUCUCUUUGACCAUAACCUACUGAAGUUGUGGCUAGGUGUACUUCAGCUUGAUGUGCAAACCCCUAUACCUAUACUUCGCGAUAAAGAUUACCGCGUUUGCAGCGAGCAUUUUGAUGAGGAUGCCUUUACAGGCACAUCACAAAAGCGCGUGCGGCUUAAAAAAGAUGCCGUUCCGAGAGCGAAGAGAUAUGCAGCAGACACAGUGGAGGUGAGUGGCUGUGAUCCUUCUGAUGUCAAGGACCCAGAAUUGACUGCAAUCUCACAGUCCACCCCAAAGAAGACACCACAUAAAGACGGCAGUAAACGGAAAGGUCUACCCGCGACUCUGACACUGUCUCUGUCAGGUUCAGAGCAGACCGCAUUAUCCACAACAUACCUUGCUCGGCCUCCAACGUGGCAGCUGCUAGAGGAUUCAAAAAUGUCUCAAAUCUGCAUCAUCCAAGGCUGCAACAGAACUGAACAACUCCUGAGUUUCCCCAAAAAUCCAUCAACUCGGCAGCAGUGGAUGGUUCUCCUCGACGGCAGACUGAAGCAUCCAGUGAAUUCCUCAAGCACAAUGUGCUCCGCCCACUUCCCUCCUGACUGCUUCACCAACUGGCAGCAGAAACAGGCCGGUGUGGCUGCCAGCUUAACGCUCAAGCCUGAUGCUCUGCCCUCACUCUUCAUGGAUGCCAACAAUGAGGAUUCAAAAAUGUCAGAAAUCUGCAUCAUCCAAGGCUGCAACAGAACUGAACAACUCCUGAGUUUCCCCAAAAAUCCAUCAACUCAGCAGCAGUGGAUGGUUCUCCUCGACGGCAGACUGAAGCAUCCAGUGAAUUCCUCAAGCACAAUGUGCUCCGCCCACUUCCCUCCUGACUGCUUCACCAACUGGCAGCAGAAACAGGCCGGUGUGGCUGCCAGCUUAACGCUCAAGCCUGAUGCUCUGCCCUCACUCUUCAUGGAUGCCAACAAUGAGCAGGUAUGCUCGCUGUCCUUGGGGAGCAUCGGACGUCAGUGUGAUCUCCAGCAAAAGAUGGUGACAGUAGGAACUGGUUCAUCCAAGAGUAUGCCUCUCCAUGCGCACAGCAAAGCCACUCAGACUCCUGCAGUCACACAUGUCUCCUUCGGCGAGGGUUUGGACUUCCUUUUGCACCCUGCUAGGGUGGUAACCGUACAGAGAAGUCACUGCUCGGUUCACACCACGGUUUGGGCAUCAGGUUGCGAACCCAACAACAACACUUCCAUCAUACCAGGCAGGAACAGCCUAAUUUCCGAUGUCGUUGUGAAGAUUGCGAGCCUGCUACAGCUGUUCCAGAAGUGCCUCAAAUGCUGCAGUGAUGCCUGCAGCGUUAAUACGCGACGCGAGGGGCCCGUUCUCCACGUGGCGCAGCAGUGCUGGAGCUGCGGAAAUAGCAGGGAGUGGACAAGCCAGCAGCCCCUAGACCCAGGAGGCAGCCCAGAGGCAGAAGAGGAGCCAUUAGUGACUUCCCCUGAAGACAUGGCCUUAGACACUGGGGAGGAGUUUACCAUCAAGAUAGUUGAAGAAGAUGAGGACGAAGAGAAGAUUGAGGAUGAAGAUGGUGAGGUGCAUAAGUGGAUGGAGGAAGGAGAGGCCGUUGACUGCUAUGAGUUGUCGGAACAUGAAGAUGAGGAAGAGAAGGAGGAUAUGUCAGAAGAGGAAGUGAUGAAACAGAAGCCAACCAAGAGGAAAAGGAAGGACAGUGAUGAUGAGUGGAUUCCUGAUACUGAAAAAGUCACGGAAGCAUCGGAUGAAGAGUUUGAGGGUUCUGAGGGGGAGGAUGAAGAGGAGAAUAUCCAGGUGGGAUGGUGCACUUUGUGUGGGGAAGAGACCAGUGCCCGCUGCCUCAAGCAGAAACACCUGCAGCUCUACUGCUGUAUUAAGUGCAAUGAGGAGCUGGUCUGGACAGACGACCAAGAAACCCAACACACCAUCAGUCCAGAAGAGGCCCCCACAUCUGGAGACCAAGAGAGCUCUUGUGAUGUUAGCGAAGCAGCUGAACGCACAAGCAGCCCAGAAACCAGCAGCUAUAACAAACAAACUGCUUCCAGUGAUCCUCUUGAAGAUUCAAACAGCAUUAGUAGUGAAGGGGUCAUCACUUCUGCCAGCCAGCAUGCUACAACCAGUGGCAUUCAGGAGGUAACCAGCAAUGGAGUUAAUGUGUUAGGCAGCAGCAGCAGCAGUGCUGAUACCCAUGGUUUCUGUAGCAUUAGAGAACAGGGAUCUGUGGGUAGCCAUGACCAAGGAGGCGCCAGAAGUGAAAUGAGAUGGCACGAUCCAAAAUACGCCGUCUACUUCAGUGACGCAGACAGCCUGCAGAUCCAUGUGGAACGAUUUCAUGGGUAUAAGAGUAAGCGUGAGCUUUGUCCAGACUGUGGCAAAUUCAUCUUUAGGCGUCUUAACCGGGCUCCGCACAUCUGUGAUCACAAGGCCAAGCUGUUCUUGUGUCUGACUUGUGGGAAGCGCUGUGUCAAUGAGGCAGGUCUCCGUAUACACAGUCAUGUGCACACUGAAGAGUAUGUGCUUUUCUGCCAAUACUGCUACAAGAAGUUCAGGGACCGGAAAGACAAGCAGGAGCACGAGAAGACCCACAGUGGGGAGCGCAUGAAGUACCGCUGCUCAGAGUGCCCAAAACGGUUUGCGGAUUGCACCAGUCGAAGCACUCACAGGAGGACCCACUGGGAACGUGGCAGGUUUUUCUGCAAAGUUUGUGACAAGGGCUUCUCUGGGGCCCAUCACCUCAAGAGACACGAGAUAGUCCAUACAGGACUGAAGCCCUACAGGUGUGAGGUCUGUGACUUGUCCUUCAACCAGUUAAGUCAUCUCAAGUCCCACAUGCGCGUCCACACAGGGGAGAAACCCUUCAAGUGUCAGGACUGUGGGCAGUGCUUCAACCACAACGUCAGCCUGAAGAACCACAUCCAGCGCAAACACAAGUGAUUGACGAGGAAGAACAGGUGCAGUCGAACUGAACAGGGAAACACAAAUGAUCAAACUUGAGACAUUAUCACUUUGCAAUUUUGCUUUGUGACCUAACUCAUUUAUAUAAGGUUGUAUUAAGGGUUUUUUUUACUUGGUGAGGGUGUAAAUAUUUUGUAAGUUCAACACACACCACCAUAAACCUCUCUUUUGAAGUCAUUUCUCAGUCUGUGGAGAAAAAAAAACCUUGAAAAACAAGGUUAAAGCCAGCUACCCUUCCGUUGGGCCAGAUUAUGGGCCUAUUUGGCCAUGUUGUGUAGAGGCCUCCACAUCCUAACCUCCUCCUUUAUAAAUCCUUUAUAAAUCUACUGUCUCUCUCACAUUUGUUUCCUCGCAAAAUCAUCAACUAGUUCAUCAAAGAAUAGCUCUAUGACCAGGUUUGACUCAAUAAACAGACAUGUUUUGCACAUCUGUGGUUGACAUA